CACCGCGUAUAUCCCUGAACGGGUUUUUUCCUGUUAAAUCACAAAAAGGUGUCUCGCUCUGUGUCCAUCGAUCGAAGCUCCUCUCUUCUCAGAUCUCAUCCGCGCUAAUCUGCGCGAUCAGAUCCCAAAUCAGGAUCGGGUCGGGUCGUCGCACUUUCCCGCACGCGCAGCUUCGUCCUUCUUCCACCCUUCCUUUCGUCUUCCCUCUCCCGAGUGCUGUAGAUCUGGGUGAGCCGCUCUGCCCUACCUCGCUGUCCCGUUUCUUUCCCGGCCGGAAGCUUGGAAGAAUAGGUGGAGAGGAGGCCAUGGGGGAAUUCUCCAAGGAAUCUUGCCCUUCUGUGAAGAACAUUUUGCUACUUGAUUCUGAAGGGAAGCGUGUUGCUGUGAAGUACUUCUCGGAUGAUUGGCCAAAUAAUUCAUCAAAGUUGACCUUUGAAAAGUCCAUCUUUACUAAAACUCUGAAGACAAAUGCACGAUCCGAAGCUGAGAUAACAUUGUUUGAUGGUUAUAUUGUCGUUUACAAGUUUGUACAUGACCUUCACUUUUUCGUCACUGCUGGAGAUGAUGAGAAUGAGCUAAUUAUAGCAAAUGUCCUACAGGGUUUUGCUGAUUCUGUUGGUCUUCUACUCAGGGGCGACGUUGAGAAGAGGACUGCACUUGAGAACUUGGACUUGAUACUUCUCUGCAUCGAUGAGAUAAUUGACGGCGGCAUAAUCCUUGAAACGGAUGCCAACACCAUUGCUGGGAAGGUUGCAACCAAUGCUGCUGAUGGUUCUGUCCCUUUCUCCGAGCAGACGAUAUCUCAAGCUCUGGCCACAGCUAGGGAACACUUCGCAAGAUCUCUUCUCAAAUAGGGAUGCAAACGAGAUCCUUCAUAUAUCCUGCUCCUAGACCAACUUCCAAAUCUUCAAGUUAAUUUUUAAGCAAAAAAAAAAGGACUAGCAAGUCAAUUAAGUGGGAUAAGCGGGUCCGCUUGCAUCCCUAUUCUCAAAUAAGAAAAUAUCUUUAUUCACUUGUUACAACUUGUGUGUUUUCAAGGUUGGUCUGCUGUAUGUUUUGCCUGGUAGUGGUUACUCAUCUUGAAGUGCAACUGUGACAGACUAUGGUAACUAAAUGUGUAACGAUUCUCUUAAAAUGCUGUGUACUCCUAAAUUGUUUUUCCUUCUGUAGUGUUCUGUAUCUUGCAUCUUCAGAUGUAUAAUAAAAGUAAACGUUGAAUUUGUAA